AUGACUUUAAGCAUCAAGGAUUUUACAACUGAUGCAAAAAAUACAAGCACAGAUUAUUCUCAGGCGUUUAGAGAUGCAUGGAAAGCAUUAUGUGAAGCAGAUGAAAAAGAUGAGGCAACAUCUCUAGUCAUUCAUGCCAAUGAAACAUAUACUAUACAACCACAAUUGUUUCAAGGUCCUUGUGUUUCUCGUGAUAUUCAUAUUCAGAUUGAUGGAACAAUUGAGGCGCCAAAAAUGAUAGAAGAGUGGGGAGACAUAGGAGAAAGUAAGUGCUGGUUAUGUUUCAAAAACGUGACAGGUAUCGUCCUCAAUGGGUCUGGUGUUCUCAAUCCCCAUGGUGAAGCUUGGUGGUCGUCUGUUGAUCACUCCAACCGACCACGGGCAGUAGGAUUUAAUGCAAGUUCUGACAUUAUAUAUAGUGGACUAACUCAAUUCAAUAGCCCGAAGAAUCACGUUUCAGUUUUUAAUUGCACCAACGCAACUUUAUCAAAUCUUCAUCUCAUCGCACCUGGAGAUAGUCCAAACACUGAUGGCAUCGACAUUGCUCUUUCAAACAAUGUCCAGGUUUUCAAUUCAUCUAUCCAAACAGGUGACGAUUGUGUUGCGAUUAAUGGUGGUUCAUACGAUAUCAACAUAACUCAUGUGGCCUGUGGUCCGGGCCAUGGCAUCAGUAUUGGAAGUUUGGGCAGAGGUGGGCUAAAUGAAACGGUUAAGAACGUGCAAGUAAGACACUGCAGCUUCAAUGGAACUGAGAAUGGGGCAAGAAUCAAGACUUGGGCAGGAGGCAAAGGGUUCGCCAGAAAUAUUACAUACGAGAAUAUAACAUUAAUAGAUGCCAAGUAUCCUAUCAUCAUCGAUCAGAAUUAUUGUAACGGUGGCCACAACUGUAAAUCAGGGGCGACUGCUGUGAAAGUGAGCGACGUAACAUUUAGAAAUUUCACAGGGACAUGCUCAAGUGAUAUUGCUAUGAAACUAGCUUGUGACAAGCUAGUAAGCUGUCAAAACAUCGUGAUAGAAAAUAUCAACAUCGUUUCUUCGUCUCCUAAAAAGCAUCUCUCCUCGUCUUGUCAAUACGCAGAUGUAGUUACUCACUUUGUCAACACUGCUAUCAAGUGUGCUAUUGAUGAAGAACCUCGACCUCAGGCGCGGAGGCGCUCUAUGCUGAACCUCCGGCACUAA